AUGGCUCAACCACAGCGAAAUUACGCUGGCCCUACUGUAUGGCAAAAAUGUACGAUGGGUGCUAUGAUGGGCGCAGGGGUUGGCCUUACUAUAGGAUUCAUCUUUGGCUCGUAUAGCAUCUUCAGAGGAGGUGCGGGACCGCGAGGGGUCCUCCCAACGCUUUCGCAAUACAUGCUGAGUAGUGCCGCUACCUUUUCCUUCUUCCUUGCCAUUGGUUCGGUUAUCCGCAAUGACACGGCUCUACCGCCACACCUUGAGGCUGCUCGGUUACAGUUCACAUCACCCAUCGUGCGGUCAAGAAAUGAAGGUAUUGCCAUGAUGAAAAGGAGGUGGGACAUGGAGAAGGCACGAGAGCGACAACUCUGA